GGCGCCAAAGCUCAUGUCCGAGAGUGUUCGGACAACAUCAAACGGGUGGCUCUGCAUCAAGUGACUAUCAGUAUCCCAUCCACUCGCCUUUGAUAUGAUUCUAGCUACCAUAACUUCACUUUCGUAACUGUCAAACCACUUAUACCAUCAGACCUUUGGUGCUUAUACAUCGCCCACGAAUUUAACUUCAAAUCAUGGCAUAUCCAGGAAAGCCAAAAUAUACACUUCUCAGCAGAAUGUACGGCGAACGAGAUGCAGACAAAGGCGAAGAGGACGCUCCUUUCAUCUCAACUGACAAUGGCACAAGCAGACGCAAGAUCCGGACCUCUCGAAUCGAGUUGGGACUUCAAAUCGGCACAUUCUUCUUCACGGCAGUCAUUCUCGUCCUCUAUCUCAUCAACGGUUCACCAUUCCUAAAGCCUCAAUCUGUUAGUGGAGAUGGCCUUCUACCCAUAGGAAUGUCCCGCGUGAAUCCCUCCACAGCGCAUAAACUCCAACCUUGUGGCCUCGACUCUGAAACUGCAAAGGCGAACGGCUGUAUCUUUGAUUUGAUGACCAUGUCAUGGCUCCAUCGUGACUGUUACGACGAUGAACUUUCUGAGGAGUUCCUCGAGGUGGCUUCAGAGCCGUUUUUCUAUGAUAUGGAGGGAACGAAACCUGUCAAGGAUUAUAAAGAGUUAUCCGAGGUUAAGGUGAUGGUUUGGACGACGAGAAAAUACCAUAUCUUUCAUUGUUCCUAUGGAUGGAGGAUGAUGCAUCGGUCCUUAAUAAGAGGAGGGGUUUUGGAAUCUGGAUUGUCAUCUUACCACCACACAGAGCAUUGUACGGAUCAGUUGAUGAAUCAGACUGCGUCCUUUGACACAGUUAUGACUAGGAUCAAUAUCGACUUUCCAGAUUGUUGAAGAGUCAACGUUAAAACCAGUCGCAAAUAUUAAGCUGUAUAGCUGGGACAGGAUUCAACUGUAGCGAAGUGCAUAUAAUAGAUUGCACAUCUGUACGAUAAUUCAAUCCUACCAUAAGAACUUUCGGGGCGAGCCA